UCUUCAAUGUAAUUAACCCAUAAUACUAACUCCAUUAAACCAGUAGUAGUAAUUAACAGUGUCUCUCUCUCUCUCUCUAUCGUCGUCACUCUUUUAACAACCAUACAUACACCCUUAAACCUCAUUUAAAUCCCUAGCUAGCUAAAAAUGGUUCUCUUCUCUUUCGUUUGAGUGAGUGAAGUGAGGAUUUUGAGAUCGGAAGAAGAAAUGGAGGAAAGAGGAUUUAUGUCACCUUCAUUGACUAUAUCGUCGUCUUAUAGAGAAGGAAGAGGAAGCAAGGGCUUGUCACGACGGAGAUCGAUGAGACCAAGCUUUGACGCGGAUAACGAGUUCAUGACCUUACUCCAUGGCUCGGAUCCUGUCAGAAUUGAGUUAAAUCGUCUGGAGAAUGAAGUCAGAGAUAAGGAUCGGGAAUUGUCUGAAGCACAAGCUGAAAUCAAAGCAUUGAGGUUGUCUGAACGACAAAGAGAGAAGGCUGUUGAAGAGCUUACUGAAGAGUUGGGAAAGAUGGUGGAAAAACUCAAACUUGUUGAAAACCUUCUUGAGAGUAAAAAUCUUGAAAUCAAGAAGAUAAAUGAAGAGAAGAAGGCUUCUAUGGCAGCUCAGUUUGCAGCUGAAGCCUCUCUUCGUAGGGUUCAUGCUGCUCAAAAGGAUGAUGACAUGCCUCCAAUUGAAGCUAUUCUUGCUCCUUUAGAGGCUGAACUGAAGCUUUCGAGACUAGAAGUUGCUAAACUUCAAGACGACAACAGAUCUUUGGACCGCCUAACCAAAUCAAAAGAAGCAGCUUUGCUUGAAGCUGAAAGGACAGUUCAGUCUGCAUUGGCAAAAGCUUCCAUGGUUGAUGAUCUCCAGAAUAAGAACCAAGAAUUGAUGAAACAGAUUGAAAUUUGUCAGGAAGAAAACAGAAUUAUAGACAAGAUGCACAGACAAAAAGUUGCAGAAGUCGAAAAGCUUAUGCAGAGUGUGCGGGAGUUAGAGGAAGCUGUUCUUGCUGGUGGUGCAGCCGCAAAUGCAGUCAGAGAUUACCAGAGGAAAUUUCAAGAAAUGAAUGAAGAGAGAAAAAUUCUUGAACGGGAAUUGGCCCGUGCUAAGGUAAAUGCAAACAGAGUUGCUACUGUAGUAGCAAAUGAAUGGAAAGAUGCCAGCGACAAAGUGAUGCCUGUAAGGCAGUGGCUCGAAGAACGUAGAUUUCUGCAGGGAGAAAUGCAACAAUUACGCGACAAGCUUGCCAUAGCUGACCGAGCUGCAAAAUCUGAAGCUCAGCUGAAGGAGAAAUUUCUACUGCGGCUUAGAGUGUUAGAAGAGAGUUUAAAGAGGCCUACAAGCAGCAGCAACAGAGGCACAUCUAUUGUUAGAAGUGCGAGCAACGGGCCUACUCGAAGACAGUCCCUUAGUGGAGCCGAAACGAGUCCAAAAGUUACAUCAAAUGGCUCUUUGACCAAGAGAACACCAAGUUCUCAGCUGAGAUCAUUGACUCCUAGUGCGAGCUCUGUAUUGAAGCAUGCUAAAGGAACAUCCAGAUCAUUCGAUGGAGGCACCAGACCGUUGGAUAGAAGUAAACUGCUAAUAAAUGGACCGAGAUCAAAUCAUCCUUUGAACCACCAGUCUGCCGAAGGAACCAACAGAGGCGAGUCACCUAGCUCAGUAAAAGGGGAAGAAGAACCAGAUGACAAGUCAACAAAUAAUGAUAGCGUCCCAGGUGUCUUAUACGAUUUGCUGCAGAAAGAGGUCAUAACAUUAAGAAAAGCUGCUCAUGAAAAGGACCAGAGCCUGAGGGACAAGGACGAAGCUAUUGAGAUGUUGGCCAAGAAGGUUGAAACAUUAACAAAGGCGAUGGAAGUUGAGGCAAAGAAGAUGCGAAGAGAAGUAGCUGUAAUGGGGAAAGAAGUUGCUGCAAUGCGUGUGGAUAAAGGACAACAAGAUAGUAAAACCAGACGCCCCUCGGUCUCAAAAGGAUCUUCAAACACUGCUCAACUUCUUACUGGAAGAGUAUCUGGACGAACUGGGAUGACGAGGAGCACACCCUGAUAAACUAAUAUAAUGGAACAAUUCGAUCACUCACUGCCUGAUCUCUGCGGCUUGUGCGAAAUUGAGGAAAGUGAUUCAAAAGGCCGAAAGAGAAAAACCAUGUACCGAACCCCGAUUUGAUUUGGUGUGUGCUUCUUCUCUGAAGUAUAUACCAACAUUUCAAGCUAAAGGGAGUAGUUGACUUCACUUGGCUGAUAUAUUUUGUGUUAUGUAUAGUAGGAGAGGUAGGGUUAUUGGUUUAUGUAACAUUUUAAGCUUUUACUGUGUGAUUGUUUUGUGUGUGUCA